CUGAGAUGAGAGUGAAGCUUAAUAGUGUCUAUCUCUUGUGUCCUGUAAACCAGAUAGGCUCCCAAGUUGUUGGGAAGUACUUCUUCGGAUAGAUUCAAUGGUUCUCACUGGAAUGAUUGCUACCGAGGAGGCAUCAGAUUUGAGAAAGUUGAUCAUGGAUCAUAAAGUUGGUCUAGCUGAAAUAUUUAAUGGCACCUUGCGAAAAACAGAUGCCGAGCUUCUAGCAGAACUCAGACAUUUCUUUGCAAGAAGUAGAAGGAAUGGCUAUCACAUUGUGCACAUAUGUACGGAAAUGGCACCGUUGGUCUCCAUUGGAUCUUUGGCAUCAUAUGUGACAGGAUUGUCUUGUGCACUACAGAGGAAGGGGCAUUUGGUGGAGGUGAUACUUCCAAAGUAUUCAAGCCUGGACCUAAAUGAAGUUAAAGGGUUACAAGAAAUUGAGGCAGAGUCUUUUUCAUAUUUCAAUGGUCAACUUCAUGGAAACAGAAUUUGGACUGGUGUUGUCUUUGGCGUUGGAGUAACCUUAAUUCAACCUCUAGAAUAUUCUGAGUUUUUCAAUCGUGAAAAGGUUUAUGGCUACUCGGAUGACUUUGAAAGGUUUACCUAUUUCUCUCGUGCUUCAUUAGAUUAUAUUGUAAAAUGCGGAAAGCAGCCUGAUGUGAUACAUAUCCACAACUGGGAGACUGCUAUUAUAGGGCCACUUUUCUGGGAUAUUUUUGCUAAACAGGGGCUUGAAGGUACUAGAAUCCUAUUGACCUGCCACAACCUGAAUUCACAGUGUCUUGAGCAUCCAGAUAAACUAGCAUUAUGCGGACUUGAUCCUUCUUCACUUCAUCGUCCUGAUCGCUUGCAAGAUAAUACUAAGUCACAUUUGGUUAAUGUUUUGAAGGGUGGAGUUGUUUACUCCAAUAAAGUUGUCAUAAUGUCAUCCAUACUAUCAAAGGGCAGGGUUAUACAUAACCUGAGUCAUGGGUUGGACCCUACCUUAAUCAUUCACAAGAACAAGUUGAUGUUUCUCCUUAUGGAUUUGACAAUUCCACCUGAGAUCCAUCUGAGGACAACUUUAUCCCCCAAAACUUCAGUGUUGAAGAUAUGGAAGGGAAAGCAGCUUGCAAAGCUGCAUUGCAGCAACACCUUGGAUUAUUUGAGCAUGCUUCUUCUAUUCUUGUAUGUGUGCACCUCAAGUUGUCUGAGCUAGAGUCUUGGUUAACUGGCACUUAAUUUGUUAGACCCUAAUAAU